GAAUACGUUCCAUACAUUCUUCCAAUGAAGCCGAUGACUGAUCUUUGUUGGACGUGCCAGCAGAACAGCAAGCUGCUGUUGAAGUCUGUCAAUCGGACAACUACAGAAAAGUCUGAUGCCCUAAAAACAGCAGAGCAACAUCUCUUGGAUGCCACUAAAGAAAGAAGCCUGUACAAUGCCAAGGUGAAAGACUGCAAAGAUGCCAUUGACCAGCAUAGCAUCACUGACCCGAACCGUCUUGGGAACAACAUACCAGAUUCAUCAGUUGAGGCUGAGGUUCAUUACAGCUUUGACUUCGCCCAGCAGAUCCAUUAUCCACACGACCCGAUGCAGCCAGGACCCAUUUUCUUCAAGACGCCGAGAAAAUGUGGUGUAUUUGGGAUGAUGACAGAAGGCAUACCCAAGAUGGUGAUCUUCUUGCUGGAUGAAGCCACCAACGUCGGCAAGGGUGCGAACUGUGUAAUCUCUCUGUUGGAUUUCUUCUUUGACAAUUACGGUUUGAAGGAAACAGUGGCCCAUCUUCAUGCAGACAACUGUUCUGGUCAAAACAAAAACAAUGCGAUGGUGCAGUACCUGUCUUGGCGAGUGCUGACUGGCCGACACUCUGGGGUCAAGUUGUCGUUUAUGUUGGCAGGGCACACCAAGUUUGCCCCAGAUUCUAUGUUUGGUCUGUUCAAACGAAAGUUUCGAUCAACGAAGGUGGACUGCCUGGCUGACAUAGAACAAGUUGCCGUUGAUGCUUCCCCACGCGAAGUUCUCCUCACACAGCUCUGUGGCAAUGAAGCUGGAGAUGUCAUUGUCCCUGUCAGGCAAUGGGACACUUACCUGAGCCAGUUCUAUCGAAAGCUGCCAGAGAUCAAGCCGCUCCACCACAUCGAGUUCCUCCAGGAUGGCUCUGUCAACACUCGCUACAUGAGUGAAUCUAACACUGUCAGUCAGAACAUUCUCAAAUGUGAUCGUGCUGAUGUUGGGCAGGGGAAACCUGAGGUCAUUGUUCCGAAAGGUUUAAAUGAGCAACGUGUUGCGUACCUGUACAACGAUAUCCGAGAGUUUGUGUCGGACGAGUGCAAGGAUCUCGUGUGCCCAAAACCAGCUGCUGCAAUGGAUGUUGAUCAACAACGUGAUGGUCCUCCUGAGGAUGUACUUCCAGUUCCGGUGCCACAAGUCGCUACUCCAACUCCUGGUCGAGGCCGAGCUGCUCCAAAUCGUGGACGGGGUCGUCCUAAGAAGACACCAAGAGGACGUGCUGCAAAGAGGCCUAGGACAGAAUAGACUGUUUCCGCUAUUUGUAGACUUUAGGCGUGGCUUACACUGUUGCCAUGGUAAUCAUUGAAAUUGACACUGGAGAAGAAACGACCCCGGGACACUGCCUGUGAACUCACGGUCUGUCAAGGAGAGGGCAGAUAAGUUGAUAAAAGCAUUCAA